CUGGGGAUGGGGGUUGUGGGGGGCUGAGAGUUUGGGGUGUGCUGGGGGGGUCAGGGCUUUGCAGGAGUGGCUGGGGAUGGGGCCUGUGGGGCUGCUAGGAGUUUAGGGUGUGCGGGGGGGGGUGGCUGCGAGGGAACAGCUGGGGAUGGGGGCUGUGGGGGAGCUGGGAGUUUGGGGUGUGCUGGGGGGGGUCAAGGCUGGGGGGGAGUGACUGGGGAUGGGGCCUGUGGUGGGGCUGGGAGUUUGGAGUGUGUUGGGGGAUCAGGGCUAGGGUCUGGGGAUGUUUGGGGGGGCUCCAUGUUCAGAGCUGGCCCUGUGGGAGCUUUGGGAGUGAAGCUGGGGAAAGUGGGGGACUGUCUGAAGUUGGCUGCUUGGGAUGUGGCUGAGGCACCGGGGAGCUGGGGGUUGGGCUGCAUCCCUGUCACUGCAGCCUGGGGCCCUGCAUUUCCUAUGGAAAAGCUGCUCCCUGUUCCACCAUCUCCUCUCAGUCUGAGUCCCAGGGACCCUGCACAGGCAUCUGAAGAGCAGGACAGGCCCUGAAAUCUGGCAGCUGGGAGGCUGUUUGCAGCAGUUUCUAACCGUCCCUCCCCUGCUUCUUCCAGGAGGCACCACAAAAGCAUCUUGCCCCUCUGGGAAAAGAGAGAGAAGCAGCCAAAGCGGAAGAAGAGCAGCAAAGCAAGGAGCUGCUGAUCUGAUUGCCCCAUCUCAAAAAAGAUACAUUGGAAUUGGAAAAGGUUCAGAGAAGGUCAGCAAAAAUGAUGAAGGAUACGGAACAGCUUCCGUCUGAGAAACAGACGGAAGCCGAGACGCAGAAGAUCGUCUGGGAGUGGCAGGAGCUGCGAGGAUUUCUGGAGGAGCAGGAGCAGCGGCUGCUGUCCCGGCUGGAGGAGCUAGAGAGAGCCAUUGUCCAGAGAAGGGAUGAGGGCGUCUGCAGCCUGUCCUGGGAGAUUUCCCUGCUCAGCGAGAGGGGAGGAGAGAAGGGGCAGCAGCCGCUGAGCCAACCACUGCAGGGUGCUGGGAGCACUGGGGGCAGCAGGGAGGACGGGACGUUUCGGAAUCCAGAGCCGUCGUUUAUGGAGCUGGAGAAGAGACUCAGCGAUUUCUCUGUGAAAAGUGCCAUGCUGCAGGAGGUGCUGCUGGGAUUCAAAGAGACGCUGCAACGGGAGCUGGGGAGCGACACAGGCUACAGAUUAACAUCCACAUUUUGCUCGAGAUCAUCCCAUCCUCCCAGGGGGAAGGAAAUGGCUUCAAUGGAGCUGGCUCAGGGGCCGGUGACCUUCGAGGAGGUGGCUGUGUAUUUCACCAGGGAAGAGUGGGCUCUGCUGGACCCCACUCAGAGAGCCCUCUACAGGGAUGUCAUGCAGCAGAACUAUGAGAAUGUGACCUCGCUGGGGUUUCUAGUUUUCCAACAUGAUGUGAUCUCCCAACUGGAACAAGGGGGAGAGCCAUGGGUCCCAGACCUCCAGGGUUCAGAGGAAAGAGAAGUUCUGAGAUCUCCCUGCACAGCAGGUGAUGCAAUGGCAUGUGAGAACGAAGAGCUGAAUUCUCAGCCUGAAAAUGUUGAGCCAGUGGGUAAAGACAGAGCAUUAUCACAAAGAUCGAAAAGGAAUGUGUCCAGGAGUCAUGAGCAGGGAAAAUCCUGGAAGAUUCAUCAUAGACCAGAAACAGAUCAAGGAAACCAGCCAGGGGAGAAAGUGGAUACAUUUAUUUCCUCUUGGGGAACUCAGAAGGUCCCCAUGGAAACCACAACACAGCAGGAUAUGCUCAGGCGAAAGAGAAAAAAUACAUGCAGUGGGUGUGGAAAAACCUUCUCUCGCACCUCAGCCCUUUCUGUACGUCAGAGAAUCUACACGCAGGAGAGACCCUACGAAUGCAGUGAUUGUGGGAAAACCUUCAGUCGCAGCUCCCACCUUAUUAGUCAUCAAACAAUCCACAGAGGAGAGAGGCCCUAUGAAUGCAGUGACUGUGGGAAAAACUUCACUCGCAGAUCAGCCCUUUCUGUUCAUCGGAGAAUCCACACAGGGGAGAGGCCCUAUGAAUGCAGUGAUUGUGGGAAAAGCUUCAUUAGCAUCUCACACUUUUCUAAACAUCAGAGAAUCCACACAGAUGAGAGGCCCUAUGAUUGCUGUGAUUGUGGGAAAACCUUCAGUCGCAGAUCGACCCUUUCUGUUCAUCUGCGGAUCCACACAGGGGAGAGGCCCUAUGAAUGCAGUGAUUGUGGGAAAAGCUUCAAUCGCAGUUCGCACCUUAUUAGGCAUCAAAAAAUCCACAGAGGAGAGAGGCCCUUUGAAUGCCAUGAGUGUGGGAAAAACUUCACUCACAGAUCAGCCCUUUCUAGACAUCAGAGAAUCCACACAGGGGAGAGGCCCUAUGUAUGCAGUGAGUGUGGGAAAAACUUCACUGAGAGAGCAACCCUUUCUGUUCAUCAGAGAAUCCACACAGGGGAGAGGCCCUAUGAAUGCCGUGAAUGUGGGAAAUGCUUCACUAGCAGCUCAAACCUUUCUAAACAUCAGAGAAUCCACACAGGGGAGAAGCCCUAUGAAUGCAGUGUGUGUGGGAAAAGCUUCACUCACAGAUCAACCCUUUCUGAACAUCAGAGAAUCCACACAGGGGAGAGGCCCUAUGAAUGCAGUGAGUGCGGGAAAACCUUCUCUUGGCACUCAGCCCAUGUUAGCCAUCAAAGAAUCUGCAAGGGAGAUCAACACUGUAAAAAUCUCUAGGGCUAUCAAGACUUUCUUUUUUUAAUACUUUUUCCUGAUUCCCACCUAGUAUCUUUUAAAGCUCUUUGAACUGUGUGCAGCACCAUUAUCCCUCAGCCUGUCCAGAUGAGUGGCCCAUUUUUGCCUUUUGCAGUUCGCCCUCUUUUGAGAUGGACCUAUUUGUCCUUUCUAUUGUCCCACAAGUAAUUUGAGUGUGCCCUUCCUAUGAGGAACCAGGGAGCAUCACACUUAUACCAUUCCUCCUAUUGCAAAGUUAUUGUUAGAGUCACCAGUGAUACAGAUUGUAUCAUUGCCAGUUGUUCUCACAUUGCUCGGGGUUUUGCUGAAGAGCAGUUAUAUUGGGAAUAUUUCAAAUUAUAUGUAAAUGAAGAGGAGCAGGGGCAGGAAAAAAGUAUAAUUUCAGCUUUGUGACACUGGAAGGAGAUGGGGUGACUCAAAGAUUCCCUCUUUCCGCUUCACUGCGGAACUGUUCCCUUUUGCCUGAGCCAUGCAGAGUUUAUGUUCAUCACAUUCUAUCCAUCCACUUCUCAGAGUGUCAUGUGAUGAAGCAUUCUCUGUUGUCUGUGCUUGCAGAUAAUGUUUUGACAACUUUAAUCCUAUAUCAGAGUCGCUAUGACUGGAGAUGAAAGUGUCAAAGUCCUGGGAGGGGAAUUCAAAUGGAUUCCAAAUACAGUGUGAUCAUUUAGAGUUUAAAUCCCAGGUUCCAUCUAUUGUAAAGCCACUUCUGGCAAGAGGGCUGUUUUUCCCUCAUUAUGGGGAUGCUAGGAUACUAAACAUUUUGUAAAUAAUAUAACUGAUUAUUCAGACAGGGAUGAGGGAAACAGGUUUGAAUGGAUCAGAGGACAAUGUGGUGGGAGAAUCUCUUGUCCCAGUUCUGAAUAAUCAGACGUAACCUGCUCUGGAAUUUCACUUGAUACUUUCUUUGUAAUGUAUUCUCUCUCUGUGAUGUGGGUUUCUAUCUUUCCUGAAGGCUAUUCGGUCACCCAGUUGAAUAUUAGUUCAGUUUGAUAGGAUGUAGCUCAGCUUUAUUAAAGAGUUUAAGACAAUGA